AUGGCAUCUUCUCGAACUCCACCUCACGCGGUUAAUGGGCUUGCUCUCCUUACCCCCGUCCCCGACGAGGAAAACCCCGCCCACGAUGGAAGUGAAGGGUCAUACCUGAGUGACCCCCAAGAACUUCGCCGUCAAGCCCUGGAAAAAAUCGAUAAUGCCCCGUUCGGCUGGCGUCAUGUUCGCGCUGUGGUCGUUGCUGGUGUCGGAUUCUUUACUGACUCCUAUGAUAUUUUCGCUAUCAAUCUCUGCGUCAGUAUGCUGGGCGUUGUGUACUGGCAGCAUGAGAAAGGAAAGAUCCCGUCUCAUUCGGAUACGGCUAUCAAAGUUGCCACUUCGGGUGGUACUGUUCUCGGACAGCUGUUCUUUGGAUGGUUGGCUGAUCGCAUUGGCCGGAAGAGGAUGUACGGAAUUGAGCUUAUGAUCAUUAUUCUCGCGACUCUUGCUCAGGCGCUGUCCUCCUCUUCACGUGCUGUCUCGAUCACUGGGCUUCUCAUCUUCUGGCGCGUGAUUAUGGGCAUCGGAAUUGGUGGUGAUUAUCCCCUUUCGUCGAUUAUUACUUCGGAGUUUGCAACAACCAAGUGGCGCGGUGCUAUGAUGGGUGCUGUUUUCGCUAUGCAGGGUAUUGGUCAAUUUGCCGCAGCGAUCAUUGCCUUGAUCGUCGCCGCAGGCUUCAAAGAGUCUCUGGAAACAGCAAAGGAUGUUGCCCAUUGUACCGGUGUUUGUCAACUUGCCGUCGAUAAGAUGUGGCGCACGAUCAUCGGAAUGGGUGCCGUCCCUGGAUGCCUGGCUCUGUACUACCGAUUGACGAUUCCAGAAACCCCUCGGUACACUUUUGAUGUAUCUAGGGAUAUUUUAAAGGGAGAAUCAGAUAUUAGGGCGUACAUCAAGGGUGAAAGCGAGGGACACCCCGAUGAGGUUCGUCGUGUGACUGUGCUACGCAAUAAAAGUACCGAGCUUCUCGUUCCCCGGUCUAGCUGGGUUGAUUUCCGAAAACACUUCAUGCAGCGGGAGAACUUGUCAGUUCUUCUCGGUACUGCUGGGUCCUGGUUCUUCCUUGAUGUCGCUUUCUAUGGUCUUGGUUUGAACAAUUCCAUUAUCCUAGGCGCCAUCGGUUGGACUGGCGGACACGAUGUGUACCAAGUCUUCUAUCGCAAUGCUGUUGGUAAUCUGAUUCUUAUCUGUGCCGGUGCCAUCCCCGGCUACUGGGUGACCGUUGCCACCGUGGACACGAUUGGUCGCAAACCAAUUCAGCUUGCCGGCUUCAUUAUGUUGACAAUUCUAUUCAUCAUCAUCGGAUUUGCUUUCCACCCUCUGAAGAACUCCCACAACGGUCUUCUAAGUCUCUAUGUCAUCGCACAAUUCUUCUUCAAUUUCGGGCCCAAUGCGACCACCUUCAUUGUGCCUGGAGAAUGCUUCCCAACCCGCUAUCGAUCAACUUGCCAUGGCAUCAGUGCUGCCUCAGGAAAGGUAGGAGCAAUUAUCGCUCAGUGCGUGUUUGGACCGCUGGUCAACAAGGGCGCUCCUGCGGGUGUAUCCGAUAGUCGAUGGUUGAAUCAUGUUAUGCAGAUUUUCGCUCUCUUCAUGCUUUGUGGCUGCUUUACGACUCUUCUUAUCCCUGAGACGAAGCGAAGAACACUUGAGGAUCUUGCGGGUGAGAAGUUAGCUGCCGAGGCUGAUACGACUGGCCCGGAACAUAAGUCUGAGGAAUCCUCUUCCAAGCGGCCAGGCAUGACUACAGUGCAGCCUGGGGGACCUUGA